GCGGCGGGGCGGGGCGGCCGGCGGGCUGCGGCGGCGGCGGCGGCGGCAGCAUGGCGAGCUGCCGGCGGCUGAGCGGCGCGGGGCUGCGGGAGGUGCUGGGCCCGGCGCAGGGGCUGCUCUUCGACUGCGACGGCGUCCUGUGGGCGGGCGAGCGCGCCGUGCCCGGCGCCCCCGAGCUGCUGGAGCGGCUGCGGCGCAGCGGCAAGGCCGCCCUCUUCGUCAGCAAUAACAGCCGCCGCUCGGUGGCCGAGCUGGAGCGGCGUUUCAGCCGCCUCGGCUUCCGCGGCGUGCGCGCCGAGCACGUCUUCAGCUCGGCGCUCUGCUCCGCGCUCUUCCUCCGCCAGCGCCUCCUCGGCGGCGGCGGCGGGAACGGCAGCGGCGCCGGCCGCGUCUUCGUGCUGGGCGGCGAGGGGCUGCGCGGCGAGGUGCGCGACGCCGGGCUGCGGCUGGCGGGCGAGGGCGAGCCGGCGCCCGGCGAGCCCGUGCGCGCCGUCCUGGUGGGCUACGACGACCAGUUCACCUUCGCCAAGCUGGCGCAGGCCUGCGGCUACCUGCGCGACCCGCAGUGCCUGCUGGUGGCCACCGACCCCGACCCCUGGCACCCGCUCAGCGACGGCCAGCGCACCCCCGGGACUGGCAGCCUCACGGCCGCGGUGGAAACGGCUUCGGGCCGCAAGGCGCUGGUGGUGGGCAAGCCCAACACGUACAUGUUUGAGUGCAUCGUGGAGCGCUUCGGGGUCGACCCGUCCCGCACGCUCAUGGUGGGAGACCGGCUGGAGACAGACAUCCUCUUCGGCAAGAACUGCGGCCUUGCCACCAUCCUCACCCUGACAGGCGUGUCCCGCCUGGAAGAGGCGCAGGCCUACAUGGCCAGCGACAGCGCCGCCGCCAAGGAUCUGGUGCCCAAUUACUACGUGGACAGUAUUGCAGACUUGAUACCAGGCCUGGAUGAGUAACAGCUUGUACAUGUGAGGGCAGAGGGGUCAGGUUCCCCAUCCCAGACCUCCAUCUGUUCCCAUUUCUCUCUCACUGCCCUAUUCCCUCAAUUCCUGGUUUCUUCACGUGCCAACAUCCUUCUUUGGGGCAAAAUGG